AUGUCAGAUUCUUAUAGCGAUACCGACGUAAAAUUAAUUGUUGGAAAUGGAUCAAAAACUAAAGAAUUUAGUGCGCAUUCAACAGUUUUACGUUCUCGUUCUCUUUAUUUUCAAAGAGCUUUAUCAGAACGAUGGAAAGAUCAAAAACAUGGCCUUUUUAUUAUUACAAAACCAAAUAUUCAACCUGAUAUUUUUGAAUCAAUUCUUAAUUAUAUUUACACAGGAAAAAAUAUAUGCCAAACAUCAGGAGAAAAUUCUUUAAAUAUAUUAGUCGCUUCUGAUGAACUUGAACUUCUUGACCUUGCAGAAUGUGCACAAAAGCACUUAAUUAAUAAAUUUUCACCAUGGUUAUUCUCUAAUAUAGUAAAGUCAUUUAAUAUUAUUUGUCGUUAUAGUCAUUUUAAUGAAUUAUACGAUUACGUUCAAAAUUUUAUUUUUAGAAAUCCUUAUUCUAUUUUUGAUUCAGUUGAUCUUCAUUUAUUAGAUGAAUUAGCCUUGAAAUGUCUUUUAGAAAGUGAUGAUCUUGAGCUUGAAGAAAUAGAAAUUUGGAAUUGUUUAAUUAAAUGGGGUAUUUCUAAACUUAUGGAUGAAAAUAUUACAAAUUGGUCUGAUGAAAAUAUCAACGAAUGGUCUGACGAUCAUUUCAAUGCAUUAAAAGAAACUAUCUCUCAUUGUAUUCCCUUAAUUCGAUAUUAUUAUAUUCCCAAAUAUUAUAUUGACAAACAAAUUAAAUGUUACCAAUUGGAUUCUAAUACAUUCGUUAAAUCAAAAACUCCACCAAGAAGAUUUCAUGAAAUAAAUGUACAUAGUGUUGCAAAUAAUUAUGGACUUAUUGGAUUUUUUAGCACAAUGAUUUUUAAUUUUAUUUUCAGCACAACGCAAUGCUUUAUAUUAAAUACGAAACCAUACUUUAGUAAAACUUCCAAUAGUUUUAUUUUUUCAUUUACUGAUCAAUCAAAUCCAGUAUUGAGUCGAGUAAAAAUUGCAAAAAAAGAUAAAGCUAUUUGGAAUAAUGAAUUAUGUGGACCUUGCUUUGGAAAAUCAGAUUUACGCAUGGGAUUUUCAAAUUAUUGGAGUAGUCAGUCGGAAGAUUAUGAAUAUAAGAUAACCAAUUCAAAUAUAUUUAUUGCUAAGGAAUAUGAACGCUGA